UCUGUCGACAUCAAAGCCCAAUAGGAAAGUGGAAGCUUGCGACGACGAGCCAGAAAUGGAUAAUGAUGGCCGUCUCAUUGUUCGCGAUGAUUGUGUCAAACCCAAGCAGCAGAGAAAUUCUUCAGAUCCUGUUUCUGAUACAAGAAGCUUAACAAGUAGCCGCAUGUCAAGAAAAUCUUUAUUGAGCUCCCAGAGGAAGCGCCAGAAGACGGAGUCUGGUUGGUCUUACACAGGUGUUGAAUACACCAGCAAAAAAGCUGGUGGUGAUUUGAGGAAGAAAGGCAAGCUGGAGCCCUAUGCGUAUUGGCCUCUUGAUCGCAAGCUUCUCAACCGAAGAGUGGAUCGAAAAGCUGUAGCUCGCAAGGGCAUGGCCAGUGUCAUGGUGAGAAAAGAUCUUAAAAGGCUUGAAGGAAAGAGUGCUUCCAGGGCACUGGCAGUAACUCCUAAGAGGAGAAGGGGCAAAAAGUAAGUUGUGAUGAUUUGGUAUAUUUUGACAAUCAAAGCAGUUUAGUGCUGCUGUUUUAUAUCAGUUAUAGGAUGUUGAUUUUGAACUUUAAAAGGGAGGAACAGCUUUUUUUUUUUU